AAUUUGAUCCAUGACGUCUGGGAUACACAGUAUAAAACCAAAGCAAGUUUAGCUGUGGUUUCAGUAGAUUGUUGCUAAAUCUACUACAAUAAUUACGAGCUUGAGAGUCUUAAAAAAUUACUUGAGAUUUUUCAUUCAAUCUGAUUAAUUUCCGUCAUUUUGUCAAGAUAGACUCGUUUGAUAUACAUACCCAUUAGACUCCUUGUCUUUGCUGAAGUUUUUGUGUCCAACAAAGUAAUUUUGGGAACGAAGAAAGACAAUGUGCAGCCUAAGAACUGCAUAUUUAUUUUUAUUUCUGCAACAGCAUCAAUAAAACACGUGGUUACGUGGUUUUGUAAAUUCUGGAAAUUUUAAAAAAUCGCUUGUUUUGAAAUUUUCCUGGUUGCAAAUCUCUUCCAAAAAUAAGCGUUGGCUUAAUAUGAAACAAAAAAUAACAUACAUCAAAUAUUUAUUAAGUAUAAAUAAUGGGUACCUAACUAAUACUUUUAUUAGAUUGUUAUUUCCCUAUAUCUAAACAAAAUUGUUGGUAAAGUAACAAGUUCACCUAACUCGAUCUUCACAAACGUGGAUGUUUGUGUUCUUAGUAGAAUUAUUCCCUACGCCUCUUCUGCAUGCUUUUAUUCUUUUUAUUCGUCGCUUUUUAUCUUCCCGCACAUACAUAAUAAACAUAAAAAUUGAACAUUAAACAAUUAAAAACACAUUUUUCAAUUUUAUUUGUUUUUUGUGAAAUAAGUAUUGUGUUGUGAAAAAAUGGGCUAAGUUAAACAUCUACUUCUUCUUUUUAUCUCUGGCCGCGGAGCCAGGAAACCUGCCGAUUAAUGUCGCCGCUAUUCCGCGGGUACCUUUUCGGGGACAAUUUUCUCGGUUACGUGACGUUUCAGAAAGACCGCGCGACAGGGCUUCUUCGCAUUUUACUUGGGAUUCACGCCGUCGUCCAUUAGGAUCGUGCCGACGACGAUCUUGCUGUUUAUAUUUUACGAACAGCUGCGGAUGAACUUCGGCUACCUGCCGCCGGAUGUCGCCGCCGACGGCGAAAGUUCGAAUAAAUCGAAAUGACGUUUGCGUCUACGCGGCUGUUUUAUUUCCCAACCCUACCCUUUACCUAUGUUCCGUUGUCCGAAUAAUUGUAUCGAGGUCGGCCGCGGGUCACGCGAAGAUAAAAUUUUCAUGGCGCCGCCGUCCCGUGUGUACAUUCCGCUUGACGGCCUCGUCAAUUAUGCACGGCCGCCUGCGACGCGACGCGUUUAAGCCGAUUUCCGGUCUGUAACAUCACGGACCAGCCUCGCGUCACGACAAGCGUUCUUAACAGAAAACUGGCGCCUCCCGACCCCGCGGCCUUUAUUCCGCGGCGCAAACACGAUAAGUGGAAAAUAAUUGGGGCAAAUGAAACGCGUCGACGGUCCCCCACCGCCGCGACGACGCCGUCGCGGCGGAACUUGCCGCCCGCGCGCGUCUCCGACGUAGCACACGCGAGAAGAUCGCCGCGGGAGCGACACUAUGCCCGAUCGUGGUUCAAAGUCGUUCGAGGUGGCGAUAAAACUAGCGGCAACAUGAGUCCGGAAACUCCGUCCAGUUCCGGGAGCGACACGCCGCGUCCGCCGGCCAAAAGCACGGAAGAGAGGCUCAUGGUGGCGGUCAGGAUACGCCCGCUGAGAGCUGACGAGUCGCAUCGCGUCCUCUACGCCGUCAGCAAGAAGACGGUCGUCCUGGAAGAGGCGGACAAGGUGGACGUGCUGAGACAAAAACGCGGUACGGACAGGCAGUACACGUUCGACGUGGUUUUUGGCGAGGAAUCUACUCAGGACCAAGUGUACGACGUGACUACCGGUGGCCUGGUAAAGGACGUGAUCGGCGGGUACAACGCGACGGUGUUCGCGUAUGGUCCUACGGGGGCGGGCAAAACGCACACCAUGGUGGGCGACAGGUCGGAGCCGGGUAUCAUGGUCCGCGCCCUCAACGACCUCUUCCAGGCCGUCAAGGACAACGGGGACGACUAUACGGUGACGAUGUCGUAUUUGGAAAUCUACAACGAGCAGAUCCGGGACCUGCUGAAUCCGUCGUCGGGAUACCUCGAGUUGAGGGAGGACUCCAGGGGCGGCAACAUUCAGGUGGCGGGUCUGUCGGAGAUAUCCACCACCAGCACGGACGAGGUCAUGAUGCUGCUGCAAAAGGGCAACAGGGCGAGGACCGUCGAGCCGACCGCCACGAACCGAACCUCGUCGCGUAGCCACGCCCUCCUGAGCGUCAUCGUGAGGCACGCCGUCUCCGUGACGAAGAACGACCACCUGAAGAUGCGCCUGCGGCAGGGCAGGCUGUUCAUGAUCGACCUGGCCGGCUCGGAACGGGCGCGCAAAACCAAAAACCGGGGCAAGAGGCUGCAGGAGGGGGCUCACAUUAACCGCUCGUUGCUCGCGCUCGGCAACUGCAUCAACGCGCUCGCGGGUGGCGCCCGUUACGUCAAUUACCGCGACUCGAAGCUCACCAGGUUGCUGAAGGACGCGCUGAGCGGCAACUGUCGCACUGUGAUGAUAGCGCACGUCAGUCCCGCCGCCGGCCAGAGGGAAGAGACCCGAAACACCCUCGUUUACGCCGACAGGGCGAACAGCAUAUCGACCAAGGUGGAGAGGAACGUGCUGGACGUUUCGUACCAGGUCACGCAGUACCAAACCGUCGUCAACGAGCUACGGGCCGAGAUCUCCAGACUCCAGAGCAAAAUGCAAGAGGAUCGUCCGAGGUCGGGCGACGUGGAAGAAGGUCGUCUGAACGCGGAAGAACGCGGCCGAGAGGUGAGGUCGCUGCGCGAGCAGAUCGUCGAAACGUUCAAGACGCAGAUGAAGCUGCGCAGGAAACUGAUGGAGGUCGACGCGCAUCUCCUAGGCCUCGGCACGGAAGCGGAACGCCAGCACCUGAUCAUCUCGCACUGGGAGUCGAAGAACAAUAAACUGUACAAGAACGGGACGGGCUUCAGCCGGGCUAAGACGCGGCAGACCCUCAGGCGGCGGAUGUUGACUACGGCGGACGGCUUUCGGUCGGCGGGGAACGAAGAGGACGCGUGGUCCGACCCGGAGGACUCCGAAGACGACGCGGCCAUCCAGCAGGCGUGGGGGGAGCUCGCGGAUAUCGAGCGCGAGCAGGACCGCUGGGCGGAGCUUCGGGGUCACAUCGAGCAGAAGCUGGAGGCGUGCAGACAGAAGGGGGUCGCGUUGGAAGACAAACUUCCGUCGCUGCUGUCCUCGGACGACGAGAGGGAGAUCCUGGCGUUGAUAUGUCGCGUCCACGAACUCGAAGCCGACAAGAUGGCGCUGCAGUCGGAACGGUUGGUGCGCCAGCACGAGCUCAAACGUCGCGACCUGCUCAUCCUGAGGUACACGAGACAGCGCCAACUCUCGGAGGAGAUCAUCACGAGGCAACGGCAGCUGAUCGAAGGCCACAAAAUCAAACUGACACCCGACCUGGAGGAACUCUACAGGGUGUACCAGCAGGAGAUACACGCGUCGACUUAUACGGAUUUCAGGCCCGGCACCGCAGCGACCGUCGAAGCGGAAAAGUUGCCGCCCAUCAGCAAGAUUUAUAGCGACCCGACGUUUCGACGCUCGCGGGACUCUGUGGCGAGCGCGUCGCCGCCGUCGUCGUCGGAGUCGGGCGAAGAAACGUCGACGCGAGACACCGGCGUCGAUCGGGUCAUGGGUCAUCCGGUGACCCGUCCUGGAGUGGUCCAAAAGUUGCCUCCAUUGCCACCAAGUCCGCCGAUACGAUUGCCCACCAGGUCCAGAGAUUCCGCCCGCACAAUGAGGAGAGCGAUCAGCGAGGACAGAAUCGCACAAACCGCACGCCCAUCCAACGCGAGCUAUUGACAUAUUCCGUUAUAUUCCGUCCAUUUUUUGAGUGUAAUGAGAACAUGUAU